AUGGAAGAAACGGAGCAAAUAAUCCAGACCGUAUCGUUAUUCAGUCCCGCGUCAUACAACCUGCCACAGUUUAAAUUUUCGCAUCUACCUACGUCAGAAAUAAGAAAUGCUUGGAAUUUUUGGCUUCGCUGGUUUGAAAAUGUUAUGGUUGCAUCAAAUAUUGCAGAUGGCAGAAGUCGCAAAGCACAGUUGCUUGCGAUGGGUGGAAUUGAAUUACAGAGUGUUUUUUAUGGAAUACCCGGUGCAGAUGAUGCUGACUUGGAUGGUGAAGAUCCGUACGAGAAAGCAAAACAGAAACUCAAUGAGCAUUUCUCUCCGAAGCAGCAUGAAAGCUUCGAGAGGUUUCAGUUCUGGUUGAUGUGUCUAGAGAAGGAUGAACCAAUCGAGAAGUUUUUGCAUAGAAUCCAACAGAAAGCAGAAAAAUGCGUUUUUGGCACGAAUGAGCAAGAAUGUCGUCAGAUUGCGAUCAUUGAUAAGAUCAUUCAAAACGCACCCGAAGAUCUUCGUCGGAAACUACUGGAAAAACAACAAUUAACGCUCGAUGACGUGUCAAAGAUGAUUAACGCGUACCAAUCCAUAAGACAUCAAGCUGCUCAAAUGACCAAUCAAUCUAAACCGCAAGUUGACGUUCAUAGAUUAAUAGUUAAAAAACGAGGCUUGCCCUUCUAUAAGGAUUCUGGGAUACCAGCAUACAAAGCAAAAUGUUAUCGCUGCGGAAGGCUUAAGCAUCCUGAACUGGAAAAGUGUCCGGCCGUUGAUAAAGUUUGUCACAGAUGUCAAAAUAUUGGCCAUUUUCAAACGAUGUGUAGAACUAAUGGAGGAAGGGAGCCGAUGAGAGGGCAGAAACGCAGAUAUUCUCCUACGACAACAGGCUACCCUUGUGAUCACCGUCAGCAACGUAAGUUUGUUAGACGCGUAGAUACUCAUAAGGAAUACGUCCCUAAAGAAGAAAAACUUCCUAUAUACCAAAUUUCGAGCGAAGACGAUGAAUACCUCUUAUGCCGAGUAGGAGGGGUAGAAAUCGAAAUGAUCAUUGACUCUGGUUCAACGUACAAUCUCAUCGAUGAUACAACCUGGGAGCUUUUGAAGCUCAAGGAUUUUAAGUACAAUUCGCAAAGAUUUGAUUCUUCGAAACGGUUCCUUGCUUAUGGCAAAGUACCAUUGAAGCUUCUAGCUGUAUUUGACGCUGUUCUUGAAAUCUCGGAUGCGGCUGAAAUCAUUUCAUCUAAUUGCACAUUUUAUGUGAUUGAAGAUGGUCAACAACCUCUCCUUGGAAGGCUCACAGCACGAAAAUUAGGUUUGCUUCGAAUCGGAUUACCAAGUAUGCUUAGGGAAGACAUCAACCACGUAGCUGGACCGAAAACUUUUCCUAAAAUUAAAGACUUUAAACUGGUUCUACCUAUCGACCGAAGUGUACCACCGGUAAUUCAGCCGCUUCGUCGUUGCCCUGUCCCAAUUCUUAAUCAAAUGAAAGCAAAGUUGGAGGAGCUGCUAGAAAUGAAUAUCAUUGAGCGUGUCACAAAACCAACAUCUUGGGUAUCUCCACUGGUACCAAUUAUAAAAGAUAACGGCGAGUUAAGAUUGUGCGUAGACAUGAGACGCGCGAAUGAGGCGAUCCAGAGAUUAAACCACCCUUUACCAGUAUUUGAGGACUUAUUAGCAAGAUUCAGUGGUGCAAAAUACUUCACUACGCUCGAUAUCAAACAGGCCUUUCACCAAGUCGAACUGUCUGAAGAAAGUCGUGAUAUAACCACCUUCAUAACCAACUGGGGCCUGUUCCGUUAUACGCGUCUCCUAUUUGGUGUAAACUAUGCGCCUGAAUUUUUCCAGAAUCUCAUGGAGAGUAUUCUAUCUGAGUGUAAUAAUACAGUAGUAUUCAUCGACGACAUAGUUAUCUGGGGGGUUACUGAAAAGGAACAUGACGAGUCGGUUAAGAAAACACUAUCAGUAAUAGCGUCCUACGGUAUAUCGCUCAAUGUCCAGAAGUAUCUCGCAACACUGAGUCAUCCUCUCAGAGAACUUUUGAAGGGAUAUAAUCAGUUCGAAUGGCUUCCAGAACAUGAACAAUCAUUCGAAGCACUUAAACGUCAGAUAGGUCGUGUCGAUUACCUGGGCUAUUUUGAUCCUAAGGAUAACACAAUUUUGGAAGAUUCGGAAGUCUACAUCCGGAGAACAGCUGCUAAUGUGUUAGCAACACUGUCUCCCGAACUACCAGCAAUUGAUAUUUCUGAGAUAAUUGAAGCCACGGCGAACGACGAAGAAAUGCAGGCCGUGAAGUCAUCGAUUUUGGAAGAGGAUUGGUCGUCGAAUCUAGCGAAACAGUAUUCGGCUUUCCGCAGUGAAUUAUCGUUCGCUAAUGGAUUAAUUAUGCGAGGCUCAAAACUAGUUGUACCUAUGAAUCUAAGGAACAGGAUGCUAAUGCUCGCACAUGAGGGCCAUCCAGGGCAAUCCUGCAUGAAACGACGCCUCAGAGAACGCUGUUGGUGGCCAAACAUGGAUAAUGAAAUUAUAAAGGUUUGCGAAAAAUGUGAAGGUUGUAGACUUGUCCAAAUUCCCGAUCCACCAGAACCAAUGCAGCGCAGACCAUUACCAGAUAAACCAUGGAUCGACAUAGCCAUCGAUUUUCUUGGUCCCUUGCCGAGUGGAGAAUACAUAUUAGUUGUGAUAGAUUAUUUCAGUAGACACGUUGACAUAGAAGUAAUGACAGUAAUUACGGCCAAGGAAACCAUUAAACGAUUGUGUAAAAUAUUCGGAUUGUGGGGAGUACCGCGCACAAUAACGCUGGAUAAUGCGAAACAAUUUGUUGCUGGUGAGUUUCACGAUUUUUGCAAGUUGAAGGGAAUCCACCUAAAUCAUACUUCACCAUACUGGCCUCAGGCUAACGGUGAAGUAGAACGCCAAAACAGAUCUUUGCUAAAACGUUUGAAAAUCGCAAAUGCAUUGUACGGCGAUUGGAAAGCUGGUAUGGAACAAUAUCUGGAAAUGUAUAACAAUACACCACAUUCGACUACUGGGAAAUCUCCAAACGAACUACUUCAAAAUCGUCGACUUCGGUUCAAGCUUCCUAACUUAGAGGAUUUAGCAACUGCAGUCCCAUCAACAGAACACGGAGAUAAGGAUGCUACUCGAAAAUUUUUGGGAAAGGAGAGAGAGGAUGCUAAACGCAGAUCCAAGUCUAGUAGCAUUUCCGUUGGUGAUGUCGUACUCAUGCGGAAUCUUCAUCCUACGAAUAAACUCUCUACCAACUUUCUGCAGGAAAAGUAUCUGGUAGUAGAGCGAAAUGGAGCUAAUGCCCGAGUUCGAUCAGCAGACACAGGUAAAACGUAUGACAGAAACGUGUCACAUUUAAAAAAGAUUCCAGGUACACUCUUGUUAGAUACUAAAGAAGAAAUUAACGAUCCAACUGAGAAACCCUCUGAAACAGCUAUGCCACGACGAUCUGUACGAACUCGAAAACCACCUGUCCGUUUUGAUUAA